AUGGGGCCUCACUCGUCGGAAUCGCCUGCCAAGAAACAGACCAAAUGGUCUAAAGAAGAAGACGCCUUAAUCGUGCAACUCCGAGGAAGUGGUAUGAAAUGGGAUGACAUUUCCAGAAGGUUGCCAGGAAGGAGCCCUAUAAGUUGUCGACUGCACUACCAGAAUUACCUUGAGAAGAAGAUCGACUGGGACGAGGAAAAGAAAAAUAAACUCGCGAGGCUCUACGAGAGAUUUAAAGGAGACAUGUGGGCUAGGGUUGGAGAGGAGAUGGAGAUACCAUGGAAAGCAGCGGAAUCCAUGCACUGGAAGCUGGGCGAAACAGACAUGGCAGCUCGUGCUGGGGUAACAAAGACAUUUCCGCUGAAAACAGAGGCAGAGGGGUCGCAAAAUGGUACUAGAACAUCUCCUCGACAUGCCCAUUCCCACUCACAGGGGAAUAUUUCUCGCGAUGCGACAACUCCAAGAGGGUAUGGUCGCGGAGGGACGUCGUCAUUAAACGGGCCGCUCGCAUCACGAAGGGAGGCCGUGCCUAACCUUUCCCUCUAUCCUAAACCUAUUACCGACAAUUAUGGGUAUCAUGCUCCCCAUGGAAUGCCUCUAGCCCCUCUCAAGAAUCAGCCAACGCGACCAGGGAUGCUACCAGGAGUUGCAGAGUUGACAACGGGUGCAAGCCCAUAUAGUACGCCGGCAUAUUCUUUACCGCCUCCGAACGUGAGCCCUGCUCCAGGCACUACAGCAAGUCCAGGUCCUUAUAUGAUUCCGAUGGGGUACCCACCCUUAGAAUCAACAAUGUCGAAACGGCGUAGGAGCCCAGAGGUCAGCAGUUUCUCUCCUGGGAUGAGCAGGCGAAGAGCAUAA